AUGGCCAAUACCAACCGACUCCAGGCCCCUCAGAUCUUUGUUGACACCACACAAUCGGGCUCGUCUUCGUCGCUAGCAGAUGGCAACCUUUCUCCUGACAGGCCCUUCACGAGCAAUGGCAGCUUUCUCACUGCCCGCUCUCCCGUGUCUAUGGACGGGGAGACCCUUCGUUCGCGGGCGAACUCCUUCAAUUCUAAUGUAGAAACGCUGAGAUCUCGGUCUAAUUCUACCACCCAUGGAGAUCCAGACCAUUUACCAUACGACGACGUGCCGCUAUCAGAAGCAUUGAAGCCCGAUCAGCGAAAUGAGAAGGACUUCGAAGUCGAAAACAAUCCUUUCGCAUUCACUCCUGGACACCUCAAUAAAAUGCUCAACCCGAAGUCACUGGCUGCUUUUCGAGCACUUGGAGGUCCCCAAGGUCUAGAACGUGGUCUUCGAACAGACCUAAUUGCCGGAUUAUCGAUCGACGAGGACAAACUACAAGGGACUAUCACUUUCGAUGAUGCCACUAAGCACGAUACGAAGAAGGAUAAUUAUGGAGAUGCCGGCCCCUCCGAUGCAAGCCACUCCGCUGCCUCGACCGGCGACAGCAAGUUUUCCGAUCGUAUUCGUGUUUUCGAGCAAAAUCGCCUUCCAGAAAGAAAGGCCGAUGGUUUUUUUGUUUUGUUAUGGAGAGCAUACAACGAUAAGAUCAUUAUCUUACUGACAAUUGCCGCGGUCGUUUCUUUGUCUCUUGGAAUAUAUGAGACCUUCAGUGGUGGCUCUAGUGUUGAGUGGAUUGAAGGUGUCGCCAUCUGCGUUGCUAUCUUGAUCGUUACAAUCGUUACUGCUGCCAACGAUUGGCAAAAGGAAAGACAGUUCAUGAAGUUAAAUCGCCGGAAAAACGACCGCGAAGUCAAAGCACUUCGGUCUGGGAAAUCGGUCAUGAUAUCCGUUUUUGAUAUCACUGUUGGUGAUAUCUUACAUCUAGAGCCUGGAGAUGCCAUUCCAGCGGACGGAAUAUUUCUUACCGGGCACGGAGUAAAAUGCGACGAAUCAUCGGCGACCGGGGAAUCCGAUCAAAUGAAGAAGACUGGUGCCCUUGAGGUUUGGCAGCGAAUGGAGAAUGGCACUGCGACCAAGAAGCUUGACCCAUUUAUCCUCUCUGGAAGUAAGGUACUCGAGGGUGUUGGGACUUUUCUUGUCACCAGUGUCGGCCCUAAUUCUACCUACGGCAAGAUCAUGAUGUCCUUGCAGACGUCUAACGACCCUACACCUCUACAAGUCAAGCUAGGACACCUUGCAAACUGGAUUGGCGGCCUGGGUACAGCUGCUGCUCUUGUAUUGUUUUUCGUUCUCCUAAUCCGCUUCCUGGCACACUUGCCUACCAACCCUGGCACACCAGCAGUCAAGGGUAAAGAGUUCAUGGAGGUCAUGAUUGUCGCAAUUACUGUGAUUGUCGUUGCAAUUCCAGAGGGUCUCCCUUUGGCAGUUACUCUUGCACUUGCUUUUGCCACAACUCGAAUGGUAAAGGAAAACAACCUUGUUCGAAUCCUUCGCGCUUGUGAGACCAUGGGAAAUGCUACUGUAAUUUGUUCCGACAAAACCGGUACCUUAACUCAAAACAAAAUGACGGUUGUUGCCGCAACUUUGGGCAUCAACCAUAGCCUCGACGGAACAACUGAUCAAGAUGGGAGUGGCCCGUCGACCAUGUCGAAGAAGCUCGCAGAAGUCUCGUCGUCUGUUAGAGAUCUUGUUGUGAAGGCAAUCGCUCUAAAUUCCACUGCAUUUGAAGGCGAGGAAAAUGGACAGCGCACGUUUAUCGGAAGCAAGACGGAAGUUGCUAUGUUACAACUCGCCCAUGAUCACCUAGGGAUGAAGCUUGCUGAAGAGCGGGCGAACUCCGAUGUCGUUCAACUAGUCCCAUUCGACUCCGCUCGAAAAUGCAUGGGCGUUGUUCUCCGUCAACACGACGGAACAUACCGACUACAUGUCAAAGGUGCUGCGGAAAUGAUGUUGGCAAAAGCUUCCAAAAUCAUUGCCAACUUGCCUCAAGACACCUUUAGCCAAGAUUCAUUGCCCGAAGAUGCCAAGAACACCGUUCUUGACUUAAUCAACUCCUAUUCACAGCGAUCUCUCCGUACCAUCGGAAUGGUAUAUAAGGAUUUCGAAGCUUGGCCACCGCAUGGUGCAAAAACUAUGGAAGAUGACAAGGGCAUGGCUGACUUUGACGACAUUUUCCAUAAUAUGACUUGGAUUGGUGCUGUUGGAAUUCAAGACCCGUUGCGCCCGGAGGUCCCUGGUGCAAUUCAGAAAUGCAACACCGCUGGAGUGGCAGUCAAGAUGGUUACUGGUGAUAACAUGACCACUGCCGUUGCUAUUGCGAGAGAAUGCGGUAUCAAAACUGAUGAUGGAAUCGCAAUGGAAGGCCCCAAGUUUCGCCAGCUCUCUAAUGAAGAGAUGGACAAUAUCUUGCCCAAGCUGCAAGUUCUCGCACGCUCAUCUCCUGAAGAUAAGCGUAUCCUUGUCGCCCGUCUUAAGCAUCUUGGAGAAACUGUUGCCGUCACUGGUGACGGCACAAACGACGGCCCAGCACUCAAAACCGCAGAUGUUGGCUUUUCCAUGGGUAUUGCGGGAACAGAGGUUGCCAAAGAGGCCAGCUCCAUUAUUCUUUUAGAUGACAACUUCAAGUCUAUUGUGACCGCCAUUUGCUGGGGCCGCGCCGUCAACGACGCUGUCGCUCGAUUCCUCCAGUUUCAGAUCACUGUUAACAUCACCGCUGUGUGCUUGACAUUCGUUUCCGCUGUUUCUAACACUAACAACAAGAGUGUGCUCAACGCCGUCCAGCUGUUAUGGGUCAACCUUAUCAUGGAUACCUUUGCCGCUCUUGCCCUUGCCACCGAUGCGCCAACCGAAAAGAUAUUGGAUCGAAAACCAUCGCCAAAAUCCGCAUCGCUCUUUACUAUGACAAUGUGGAAGAUGAUUGUCGGGCAGAGCAUUUACCAGCUUGCUAUCACUUUCACACUCUACUUCGCCGGUGCUAGAAUCCUAAACUACGACGUCGUCAACCAUCCUGCAUUACAAAAGGAGCUGGACACUAUCAUUUUCAACACCUUUGUUUGGAUGCAAAUAUUCAACGAGUUCAACAAUCGGCGACUUGAUAACAAAUUCAAUAUCUUUGAGGGCAUGUUGAAGAAUUACUGGUUCAUUGGUAUCAAUGUGCUCAUGGUCGGCGGUCAAGUCAUGAUUAUUUUUGUUGGAGGCAUUGCUAUCGGUGUCGUACGUCUUGAUGGCAUCCAAUGGGUCAUCUGCAUUCUCUGUGCAAUCUUCUGUCUCCCGUGGGCCAUUGUCCUUCGCAGUAUCCCCGAUCGAUAUUUCGCAGUUCUUUUCAACGGUACGCUCAGCGCCGUUGCCUUCGUUUGGAAACCGUUCGCAAAGUGCAUGUCUGUUAUUUUCGCCCCAGUUGGAAAAGUUUUUGCUGCUAUGUGGUCCCCAAUCCGGCGAUUUAGCUCACGCAUCAAGUCCAAAGCUGCAAAAAAGAAGGACAAAUCGCCGGAGCAGGUGGAGAUCCAAAAAGUUGAUGUGGAGGCUCCAACGUCAGAGGUGACUGGCGCGAAGCAGAGUCCGGUUCCUCAACAUGCCAAUUUGCCGCCAAUUACUCUGACCGCGCCGAGCUAA